GGGAGCGCUGAGAUUCGCUCUGGAUGUUCGCCGGUCUCUAGGUGGUGCCAAAUCCUGGGGCCUAGGCAUUUUCCCUCCCUUUAUGUUUUUUUGUUUUUCUCCUUCCGUCAAUGUCUUCGAUUAGGCCGGACGCGGCCGUGGCAAGGAGUUGAAAAAAACAGAAAAGAGAAGAGAGAGAGAACACACCCCCAGACCCCAAGCUUCGCGAGCCGCCGGGGGAGGGGGCGGAGGAGGCUGAGCCAGGCACUCGCCCAGCGGCGACUUGAGAGUGGCGCGCGGAGGAGCGGCCACCGCUACCAGCUUUCCUUCCUCCUCCUCCUUCUUGCCCCCUUUUCUCCCCUGGAGCUGGUGGGGAGCGGGAACCCGAGAGGGAGAAAGCAGAAUAUAAAAACGCCCCGAAGACAGCCAGCGAGAGCGCGCGGAGACCGAUGGCUUCGCUGUACCAGAGGUUCACGGGCAAGAUCAACACCUCGCGGUCGUUCCCGGCGCCCCCGGAGGCGAGCCACCUCCUGGGCGGCCAGGGGCCCGAGGAGGACGGCGCGGGGCCCAAGCCCCUCGGAGCCCAAGCGCCGGCGGCGGCGCCCCGGGAGCGCGGCGGCGGCGGCGGCGCGGGUGGCCGGCCCCGGUUCCAGUACCAGGCGCGGAGCGACUGUGACGACGAGGACGAGCUGGUGGGGAGCAAUCCUCCACAAAGAAACUGGAAAGGAAUCGCGAUUGCUCUCCUUGUGAUUCUGGUCAUCUGCUCCCUGAUUGUCACCUCGGUCAUACUGCUGACACCAGCGGAAGAUAACAGUCUGUCUCAAAAGAAGAAGGUCACCGUGGAAGAUCUCUUCAGCGAGGAUUUCAGAAUUCACGAUCCUGAAGCCAAGUGGAUAAGCGAUAAAGAAUUCGUCUACAGAGAACAGAAAGGGAAUGUGAUACUACGGAAUGUUGAAACAAAUAUGUCUACAGUGUUAAUAGAAGGCAAAAAAAUUGAAUCAUUAAGAGCCAUCAGAUAUGAAAUCUCUCCAGAUAAAGAGUAUGCUCUUUUUUCCUAUAACGUGGAACCAAUAUAUCAACACUCCUAUACUGGAUAUUAUGUCCUGAGCAAAAUUCCUCAUGGGGACCCUCAAAGUCUGGAUCCACCAGAAGUCAGCAAUGCAAAACUUCAAUAUGCAGGAUGGGGCCCCAAAGGCCAGCAGCUGAUAUUUAUCUUCGAAAACAAUAUCUACUACUGCGCACACGUCGGGAAGCAGGCCAUCCGCGUGGUCUCCACUGGGAAGGAAGGCGUGAUUUACAAUGGCCUUAGUGACUGGCUGUACGAAGAGGAGAUUUUGAAGACCCACAUUGCCCACUGGUGGUCUCCUGAUGGCACAAGGCUGGCCUACGCCACCAUCAACGACUCACGCGUGCCCGUCAUGGAGCUCCCAACCUAUACCGGCUCCAUCUACCCCACCGUGAAGCCCUACCACUACCCCAAGGCUGGAUGUGAAAACCCCAGUAUUUCCCUCCACGUCAUUGGCUUAAAUGGACCCACCCAUGAUCUGGAGAUGAUGCCACCUGACGACCCACGAAUGAGGGAGUACUACGUCACCAUGGUGAAAUGGGCCACCAGCACCAAGGUCGCCGUGAACUGGUUGAGCCGGGCACAGAACGUGUCCAUCCUCACCCUCUGCGACGCCACCACUGGGGUCUGCACAAAGAAACAUGAGGAUGAAAGUGAAGCCUGGCUCCACAGACAGAAUGAAGAACCAGUGUUCUCCCAGGACGGCCGGAAGUUCUUCUUCGUCAGAGCAAUCCCGCAGGGAGGCCAAGGGAAAUUUUAUCACAUCACCGUGUCUUCGUCCCAGCCCAACAGCAGCAAUGACAACAUACAGUCCAUCACCUCUGGGGACUGGGACGUGACCAAGAUCCUGUCCUACGAUGAGAAGCGGAAUAAGAUCUACUUCCUCAGCACGGAAGACCUGCCGAGGAGACGCCAGCUCUACAGUGCCAGCACCGUGGGCAACUUCAACAGGCAGUGCCUGUCCUGCGACCUGGUGGACAACUGCACCUACUUCAGUGCCUCCUUCAGCCACAGCAUGGACUUCUUCCUGCUCAAGUGCGAAGGUCCUGGAGUCCCCACUGUGACCGUGCACAACACCACAGACAAGAAAAAAAUUUUUGACCUAGAAACAAACGAACACGUACAGAAGGCCGUAAAUGACAGACAGAUGCCUAAAGUGGAGUACAGGAAAAUCGAGAUUGACGAUUAUAACUUGCCCGUUCAGAUCCUCAAGCCAGCGACCUUCACCGACACUGCCCACUACCCCUUGCUCCUGGUGGUGGAUGGCACCCCAGGGAGCCAGAGCGUGGCGGAGAAGUUUGAGGUGACCUGGGAAACGGUAAUGGUGAGCAGCCAUGGAGCCGUGGUGGUGAAAUGUGACGGCCGAGGCAGUGGCUUCCAAGGAACUAAGCUCCUGCAUGAAGUGAGGAGAAGGCUGGGCUCCCUGGAGGAGAAGGACCAGAUGGAGGCUGUGCGGACGAUGCUGAAAGAGCAGUACAUCGACAAGACGCGUGUGGCCGUGUUUGGGAAGGAUUAUGGCGGGUACCUGAGCACUUACAUCCUCCCAGCAAAGGGUGAAAACCAAGGUCAGAUUUUCACCUGCGGCUCUGCCCUGUCUCCAAUAACAGACUUCAAGCUCUACGCAUCUGCAUUUUCCGAGAGGUACUUGGGCCUCCACGGACUUGACAACAGAGCAUACGAGAUGACCAAGGUGGCCCAUCGCGUGUCAGCGCUGGAGGAACAGCAGUUUCUGAUCAUUCACGCAACCGCUGAUGAAAAAAUCCAUUUCCAGCACACCGCAGAACUCAUCACACAACUAAUUAAGGGAAAGGCUAAUUACAGCUUGCAGAUUUACCCGGAUGAAAGCCAUUACUUUAACAGCGCCUCCCUCAAACAGCACCUCUACCGCUCCAUCAUCAACUUCUUUGUGGAAUGCUUCAGGAUUCAGGACAAACUCCCGACAGCCACAGCAAAAGAGGAGGAGGAGGAGGACUGACCAGGAGCCAGCCCUAAGCACAACGUGGCUCUUCCUAGAACAGCGUACCACUGGGACCCUGCCUCCCUCUCCCGCAGAGGGCUGGGGUGGGGGCACGAAGUGUUAUCGUUCCAUAGCAUGUAUGUCUCGGGUCCUGAAGGCAGUUUUGCUUCUGAAACAAGCUCCUUCCCGGGUGGAGAUGCGUCAUCGCUCACGAGGGCUUCCGAGGAGCCUGGAACCAUCACAGCAUUGCCGCCCCCUGGCCCCAGAGUGACUGGUGCAUCCCACAGCCCCUCCCCAAGGAACGGUAUGAAGGACAGACAGCAGUGAAGAAACUGGCCCUGAAAUUCCAGCUGUCGAGCAGUAGCAUUAAGACCCACCCUCUACCGGAGGGCCGCGUCCACAUUAGCAGCAUCACAUCCAGUCUGAUAUAACCACGCCAUGGGAACAACUAUAGCACAAUUAUUUUAACAGUACUUGUUCAUAGAUUGGCUUGCUCCUUUCUGUAAUUAGGAGAUUCCACGUUUAAGGGGCUGUACAAAGUAUUACUGUAGCUAUGCUAAUGGUUAACCUUAUGGAAUUAAUUCGUAUUUUUCUAUGGUUUUUACCUGACACUGUCUCUGGUCAUGGGGUUGUUUUGCUGUGCCGUUUUUCAUUUUCCUUUGUUUUGCUUGGUUUUCUUCAGUCAAUGUGUAGGCUUUGCUGUUGUUUGAAUGAAGAAGCAGAUCAGAACUAACUCACCGCUCUCUCCAAGGUCAUCUUCAGACUUUGCGGAGACAUUUCAAACCCCUGAGGGGAAGAAAUAUCCAUACGAUUCACUAAAAAAAAUUCACCAAUAAACCCUCUCCCACCCAGCCACAUCUGGAUUUGGCUUAGAUUUGCAUUGUCCGCUUACAGAUGUCUUUCGACCCAUCCUUUGCCUCCUUGAUAAGUUGUCAAGUCUUUUCAGAUGACAUUUGGUUGAAAAACAUAAAAAGACAAAGUGUUGACCUCACCCCCAGGUCUGUCACAUGCGCUCGGGUGGCAGGAAGCCGAGUCGCCUCCCAGCUCCUUUCCUGGGGAUGGCUCGUGCCCUCCCCGCCGCCCAGGAGCAGCCACGUCGAUGCUCUGCACUAGCCCUGUAGGAUGCCCUCUGGCCAAGUGUGGAGCGGUGUCCUAGUGUGAAUUUCCUUCUGUUGUGUAUAAAGACAGGAACCUGCGUCAGGCAUCGCCCGCCUUCCCCGCCCAGCGCCCCCACUCCCCUCUGCGUUCCGCAUUUCGCUUGCAUGCCCGACACUCUGGCUGAUCUGCGCUCUCUAGAAGUGCUCGUUUGAAAUAUAUUGAUUACCGUCAUUUCCUCUGGAGCUUGUUGACAAGCUGAAUGUCAGUUCUGAUUUCUCCAGCUUCCGGUCCUGCUGGAGGGUCCUUGACAUCUUGUCAGCAGAGAAGACACGUCCAUGUCUCUUUGAUGUUUGGGGUUUGGUUUCACCCACGCGAGCUCUGAACGUCAGUUGUAGUUAGUCUGCUUGGGAGAUCUCCAUCACGGGAUUUUUAGGGUGAUCUGUCACUGUUGGUUAGAAGGAUCAACGUGCUGACCGGUAUGACCGCUCUGAAGGCUGCGUGAUCGUGCUUGUGCUGUUUCCGUGGGCUUGGCCAACUGCAGAGCCAGCUAGGGCUGACGGGGGAAGCCUGCUCUGGCCACGAUCUGGUAGGAGGGAGGUCAGAAUGUGGCAUGGUAGCGUUUGUUCAUCCAUGGAAUAAAACAUUAUUUUACCACUCGGA